GUCUUUUUAUACCUCUUUUUCUCCGGCCGUCAACUGAGCCUCCUAGCCUGAUUAAAUCUUGCUUAUAACAGCCCGCCCAACAUCCGCCGGCCUCUGCGAGGAGGGUCAGUUACAGCCCCGGACAGCAGAGUUUAUGUUACUCAGACUAGCAGCCUUCUUGUCCCCAUUGAAGAACUUCGCACAAAAAUACACCAAAACCCAACUCAAAUUCCCCGCCAUUUUGUGCCUUGACCUCUGACCUCCAAACAAGUAUCAUGGCAGCUUUUGGUUGUAGACUAUUGUUUCCUGUGUUUGGGGAAUGUUGUGGGGCCAUGGUCCCAUUCUUUAUACCGUCUGACCCUUCUGUAACCCGUCCUUAAGCCGUGAAAGGGUUUAUUUUGACGUGGGCUGUGGGUGUAUUCGUCGGAAAGGGGUGCGGUGGUGCACCGAGCGCUCACAGACAGACGGGCGGGGAGGGGGGCAGUGGGGCACCGAGUGGUCCCAGACAGACGGGCGGGGAGGGGUGCGGUGGUGCACCGAGAGCUCCCAGACAGACAGACGGGAGAGGAUGGCUAUCCGGUCCGGUGUGAGGCUCUGGUUGACUCGGAACGUUGUUCUCGGCUCCCUGGCGGUUUCCCUCGCUCUGAACGCCUGGAUUCUGUCCAGUACUCUGCUGCAGCUGGGAGCGGACCCGACCUGUGACGGGCAGAGAGAGACACUGAUCCAGUCCAUGAGGAUACUAAACAACAGACUCCUGAGACAGGAAGGCACAGACGAACCCGCAGUGAUAGGAUCCAAGAUGUCCAGCGGAGACAGUGUCAGCUGUAACAGACCAGGUCUCGUUGACCCAGAAGCUACCAGAGUUUGGGGGAAACCUCGCAAGACCAAAGGUUUUCUAUCCAUAGGCAUUCCAACUGUCCAGAGAGAGAUCAACACCAACUACCUUGACAUCACACUGAACUCUUUAAUCGAGCACACGUCAAAAAGCGAUCAGGAACAGGUCACUAUUGUCAUACUCCUGGCAGACUUGGAUAACGAUUACAACAGGAAACUUUCACUGGACAUUUACCGGAACUACUCCCUGUAUCUGAACAGUGGCUUCAUGCAGGUCGUGCAGGCACCAAAGCAUUUUUAUCCUCCACUGGAGGGGUUGAAGCAGAACUUCAAUGACACACAAGAGCGGGUAAAAUGGCGGUCGAAACAGUGCGUGGAUUUCUCCUUUCUUUUCAGCUACUGCCGUGAUUUGUCCGAGUUCUAUCUCCAGCUCGAAGACGACGUCAUAUCGUCGGAAAAGUACCUGACUGGAAUCAGGGACUUCAUCAAUUCCCAGACAUCCGCCUGGACCAUGCUGGAAUUCUCGGAGCUCGGUUUCAUCGGGAAGCUGUUCAAGUCGUCGGACCUGCAGCGCCUCGCCGACUUCAUCAUGCUGUUUUACCAGGAGAUGCCUGUGGACUACCUGAUCCGCUACUUCAUCCAGCUGCUGCCACACCAGAAGUCCUUCCUGCACCUGCCUUCCCUGUUCCAGCACAUCGGGAAGCACUCCUCCCUCUCGGGGAAAGAGCAGAACCUGGUCGACUCCUUCUUCGUGGACUCCUUGAAGAGGAGAUAUAACGACUCAGACAACCCGUCGGCGGCCGUGAGCACGAACAUCCCGAUCUUCAGGCAGUUCAAGCCGCAGCUGGCGUACAGCGCGGAGCCCGGGUACUUCUGGGCCAAGAGCCCGCUGGCCGGGCAGGCGUUCUUCAUCCUGUUCGAGGAUGCUGCGAGACUCUCCAGGAUCGUCAUAGAGACGGGUUCCGCGGAACAUCCCACGGACGUCCUGGAGAACGGAACCCUAGAGGCCAGUGCACGCCUCUUGUCCGUGAACGAGCUGGACAACACGCCAUACUGCUCCGACUACGUGAAACUCGGAGACUUCAAAAACGGGAGGAUCGAGACGGUAACGCAGAGCAGGGAAGGACUGGGGUCGUUUGAGGUGAAGUGCCUGAAGGUGACGGUGACCAAAGAUCAGCAGGUGUGGCUGCUGGUGAAGGAAAUUGCCGUGUGGACAGUAAAACAGUAACCCACCCCCGUUGUGUAAUGGAAGGGUCCAAAAUGAAACGUAAAGACAUGUAGGACAGCUUGACAGGCUCAAGAUAUUGUUAUUUUAAACAAUGAUAUAACAAUGCAAGAUAGAAAUAUUUUUACAUAUCUUCAUCCAUGAUAUUUAUAUCUGUCUAUCUAUCUACAUGUAUGUACAUCAUUACAUCUACCCAUUUUAUCUAUCUGUCCAUGUCUAUAUUAAUAUGGAAGAAGUUUAUUUGCGAGUUCGUGCCCGAGGGCUAAUUGCAAGUACAUGGUAUAAACAUAGUGACAAUGGACAGUCAUGAACAAUAUUCUACACUAAUACUAGUGCUAUUUCUAAACAGGUUAGGUUUGACUUCUUUUUUGGAAGCAGCGGGAAACGAAAAGCCCCACCUUUUCUAAAAUCUCUCUCUCCAUCUCUAUCCAUCACUCUGUGUCUUUCUCUCUCUCUCACCCAUGCCAGCAAUAUCAAAUUUUAUAAUGCCAAUUUUGCAGAACUGACUAUGCAAAUGUAACACUACACAAAUUGUUGCUUCUGACUUUCUGUAUGUAAGAUGUGUCUGUUUGAUGGAUAUUUUGAUAUGUAACUAGUACCUAUCAUUUCGUAUUUUGUUGUAGGCAAUUGAAUAGUUUUUUGUGCUUUAAUAGCACCAGCUGCAAUAUGGGUCCAUGGUUAGAACACAGAUAUGAGGAGAAUGACUUCAUGUUAUUUUUAAAGUUCAUCUGUGUUGGUAGAAGUUGUUCUGAGUCAAAAGUUGUAUUUGCCGUCCAGAGAACGUUUUUCUACCAAGCAAUGUCCCUGGAACACUCUUUUGUUGACUACCACUCGCAUUUCCACCACUACUGCCUCCUUAAGCAUUCAAAAGGAAACUCCGAGACACUCUGGGCAACCCUUACAUAUCAUGCUAGUUCACCUUUAUCUGCGGGGUGACCUUUAUCCGUACAAGUCUUUAAAAGCAGCACAUUUAGGAGUAUUGAGUCUGCGGACUGUGGU